AUGUCAGAUGCUCAGCUAUCCCCUCUGCUCCUCUCUGGCUCCGCCAGGGAUGGUCUCUGUAAGAAACAGCAGGAGCUGUGGCAGCAGCUAAAGGAAGCAGCUGAAGCGCGUGGAACCAGAACAGUCCGGGCGCUUGCGGUUACCUCACAUCGUGCACAGCCGGCCGUCAGCACCAUGGACAGCAGCACCGUCCCCACAAACGCCAGCAAUUGCAAUGAUCCCUUUACGCACUCUUCAAGUUGCUCCCCAGCACCCAGCCCCGGUUCCUGGGUCAACUUCUCCCACGCAGAUGGCAACCUCUCCGACCCAUGCGGUCCGAACCGUACCGAACUGGGCGGGAGCGACAGCCUGUGCCCUCCGACCGGCAGUCCUUCUAUGAUCACAGCCAUCACGAUCAUGGCCAUCUACUCCAUCGUAUGCGUGGUGGGUCUCUUCGGAAACUUCCUGGUCAUGUAUGUGAUUGUCAGAUACACCAAAAUGAAGACUGCCACCAACAUCUAUAUUUUCAAUCUUGCUCUGGCAGAUGCCUUAGCAACCAGCACCCUGCCAUUCCAGAGUGUUAAUUACCUAAUGGGAACAUGGCCAUUUGGAACCAUCCUCUGCAAGAUCGUGAUCUCCAUAGAUUAUUAUAAUAUGUUCACCAGCAUAUUCACCCUCUGUACUAUGAGUGUUGAUCGCUACAUUGCAGUCUGCCAUCCCGUCAAGGCCCUGGAUUUCCGUACUCCCCGCAAUGCCAAAAUCGUCAACGUCUGCAACUGGAUCCUCUCUUCAGCCAUUGGUCUGCCUGUAAUGUUUAUGGCAACAACAAAAUACAGGCAUGGUUCCAUAGACUGCACACUAACAUUCUCUCACCCAACAUGGUACUGGGAAAACCUGCUGAAAAUCUGUGUUUUCAUCUUUGCCUUCAUCAUGCCGGUCCUCAUCAUUACGGUGUGUUAUGGACUGAUGAUCUUACGCCUCAGGAGUGUCCGUAUGCUCUCUGGCUCCAAAGAAAAAGACAGAAACCUGAGAAGAAUCACCAGGAUGGUGCUUGUGGUUGUGGCUGUGUUCAUUGUCUGCUGGACUCCCAUUCACAUUUAUGUCAUCAUUAAAGCCUUGAUUACGAUCCCAGAAACUACUUUCCAGACCGUCUCUUGGCACUUCUGCAUUGCUCUAGGUUACACAAACAGCUGCCUGAACCCAGUCCUUUAUGCAUUUCUGGAUGAAAACUUCAAACGAUGCUUCAGAGAGUUCUGUAUCCCAACUUCCUCCACCAUUGAGCAGCAAAACUCCACUCGAGUUCGUCAGAACACUAGAGACCACCCCUCCACGGCCAAUACAGUGGAUAGGACUAACCAUCAGCCACCCUUGGCAGUCAGCAUGUCCCAGGUCUUUACAUGA